UUUUUUUUCAUUAAGUGCACAUUCCUUCUUUUAGAAUCCAACCCACCACCACCACCAUCGAUAAUCACGAAUUUACGGUGGUACGAAGUUCGUCGGCUAGUAGUGGUAGGUAGUCACUAGUGUUGGCAACACCUUGCAAACGCAGGGUGCUUAUAGCUACGAUCACAGAUGGGCAUUGGUAAUAGCAAAGUUAGCCGCCGUGAUCAGAGCAUCUUGCUCAUUAAAGAACAAAGAGACCGUUUAUCCCGGUACUCCAAGCGUCUUAUGCGAAUAGAGCAAUUAGAGACUUCGUUUGCCAAGACCUGUUUACAGCAAGGAAAUAAACAGGGAGCUUUACACGCGCUGCGUGCUAAGAAAUUGUAUUCAAGCUUGAUUGAAAAGACAAGCGAUCAAUUGCUUAAUCUUGAGCAGCUUAUAUCCAAUAUCGAAUUCUCGCUGAUCGAAAAAGAUGUUGUGUUCGGCAUUGAACAAGGCACAAACGUAUUACAACAACUUCACCGAGAACUUCCGGUGGAGCGUGUUGAGAGAAUCCUCCUUGACAAUGAAAGCGCCAUGGACUACGUGGAAGAAGUUAAUGGAAUGAUCCAGGGCCAGAUAAGUCGUGCUGACGAAGAGGACGUCGAAGCGGAGCUGGAACAACUCAUAGCUCAAUCCAUUCCAGCACACAUGGAACAGCCGCCUGCACUUAAACAAACAGAACAGAAGGAACCAAAGCAACCAACAACGGAGGCAAUCGAUUUGUUACAAGAGCCCCAGCUAAACGCCCCUGAUAAGACGCCCAUGUCUGCUGAGUCUGAACCCGCACAACAAUCAAUAGAAGUCCAGAAAACUCCAGUCGCCGCCGAAUAAUAGGCCAGGUUUAAGAUUCAUCAAUACCUUUAGACGUCUGUUGUCACCUAAUAACUCCUUAGCCCUUUUAAGCAUUCAUUCUUGAGUAUUUCCGUUUCAGUUCGGAGUGCUUCCUUCCACUUCAUUUUUCCUUGCAUAACAAUGACGCUUAUCAGGUUUUAAUGUUUCACAUAAGAUAAUGAAUUUUAUGAACAUAUAGUAGUGCUCUUGACAUCAAAGGAAGUGUAAUGCCCAAUGUUUAAAAGUCAUUUUUUUUUUCUGUUUCCUAAUUAAAUCUCUUAUAAUUUUCACUGCUUGUGCCCUUAUUAAAUGAU